CUGUGUGCUGCUGGCAGGAAGCCACGAGCAACCAACGCUGACUGAGAUGAGAAGUAUCCCUCUGGGGAUGGGAUUGAAUUAUCUUAACUGGGUCCAGAGCUUCUGGUUACCACUAGAGGUUUCCUCAAUCACGUGUACCCUGGGAUCUGAAGAGCCAUGGUGAGAAGCUACUGAAGUCUUGCAAGGAUGGGGCUGCUGAGCAGCAAGAGGCAGGUUGGCGGUGAGAAGGGCAAGGGCUGGAGCCCAGUGAAGGUCCAUGCCCAGAGCAAGGCUCCCCAACCCCUGCCACCUCUGGUUGUCUUCAACCACCUCGCUCCUCCAUCUCCUAACCAGCACCCGGAUCAAGAGCAGCAUUUUGUGGUGGCCCUGUUUGACUAUGCAGCCGUGAAUGACAGGGACCUGCAGGUGCUGAAGGGAGAGAAACUCCAGAUCCUGAGGAGCACUGGAGACUGGUGGCUGGCCAGAUCACUCAUCACCGGAAGAGAAGGCUAUGUGCCCAGCAACUUUGUAGCCCCGGUGGAGACCCUGGAGGUAGAAAAAUGGUUCUUCAGGACCAUCAGCCGGAAGGAUGCUGAGAGGCAGCUGUUGGCUCCGAUGAACAAGGCUGGCGCCUUCCUCAUCAGAGAGAGUGAGAGCAAUAGAGGUGCCUUUUCCCUGUCUGUGAAGGAUGUCACCACGCAGGGGGAGGUGGUCAAGCACUAUAAGAUCCGCUCCCUGGACGACGGUGGCUAUUACAUCUCUCCUCGGGUCACCUUCCCCACCCUCCAGGCCCUGGUGGAGCACUAUUCCAAGAAAGGGGAUGGUUUGUGCCAGAAGUUGACCCUGCCCUGUGUGAGCCCAGCCCCGAAGAACCCCUGGGCACAGGAUGAAUGGGAAAUCCCCAGGCAGUCUCUCAAGCUGGUCCGGAAACUUGGGUCUGGGCAGUUUGGAGAAGUCUGGAUGGGUUAUUACAAAAACAAUGUGAAGGUGGCUGUCAAGACUCUGAAGGAGGGGACGAUGUCUCCAGAAGCUUUCCUGGGUGAGGCCAACGUGAUGAAAAGCCUGCAGCAUGAGAGGCUGGUCCGUCUCUACGCCGUGGUCACCAGAGAGCCCAUCUACAUUGUCACUGAGUACAUGGCCAGAGGAUGCUUGCUGGAUUUUCUGAAGACGGAUGAAGGUAGCCGAUUGUCCCUUCCCAGGCUGAUUGACAUGUCAGCCCAGAUUGCAGAAGGGAUGGCUUACAUAGAGCGCAUGAACUCCAUCCACCGCGACCUGCGGGCAGCCAACAUCCUGGUAUCUGAGACCUUGUGUUGCAAAAUCGCUGACUUCGGCUUGGCCAGGAUCAUCGACAGUGAAUACACUGCCCAAGAGGGGGCCAAGUUCCCCAUCAAGUGGACUGCUCCAGAGGCCAUCCACUUUGGGGUGUUCACCAUCAAGGCUGAUGUAUGGUCCUUCGGAGUCCUGCUGAUGGAGAUCAUCACGUAUGGGCGUGUUCCCUACCCAGGGAUGAGUAACCCUGAGGUCAUCCGCAGCCUGGAGCAAGGCUAUCGCAUGCCGUGCCCGGAGACGUGUCCGCCAGAGUUGUACCGUGACAUCAUCACCGAGUGCUGGCGAGGCCGGCCUGAGGAGCGACCCACCUUUGAGUUUCUGCAGUCGGUGCUGGAGGACUUCUACACAGCCACGGAGGGCCAGUAUGAGCUGCAGCCCUAA